CGAGGCGUGGCGGCGCGAGAUGGAGGGCCGCGGGACGACGCCGCCCGUGGGUCAGCAGCAGUGGACGCCGCAGAUGGUCCGGGAGGACGGGAGCGGCGGCGGCGGCGUCGGCGGUGGUGGCAGGCGGGCGGACUGGGUGGCGCAGUCGCCGGCCGUGGCCAUGGUUUCGACGUGGGCGAACGGGGACCAGCCGCAAUCCCCGCAGCAGCAGCAGCGGCAGCUGCAGAAGCCACCGCCGCCGCCGCAGCCAAAGACGAAGAAGCACAGCUCGGACAAGUCGUCAAGGCCCGGCUCGACUGGCGGGAAGAGCUCCAAGAGCUCCAAAAGUUCCAAGAGCACCGCCUCGGGCGCGAGGGCGUCGGCGCGCAAGCCGAGCUCGACGACGGCGCGUGAGGGUUCGUCGAGGAGGGUGGCGGCCAGGUAAAUGGGAUUGGGCAAAGUUUGAACAACCUAUCAUGAUACCUUUUUUUCUUUUUUGUCUCUAUUCUUUCCUUUGUCGUUUUGGGGCCGCAACAUGGCUGGUUAUUAUUGUGGGUUGCACGGCGUUCCGGGGAAAGCUUGCGACGGACCAGUCCCGAGUCUAUUUUGGAGUUUGGUCUAGACAAUGGACGCGUCAUUAGGGCACACCUAAAGAGUUUGUGAGACUAUCGAGUAUCCUAUGUUUCAGUUCCCG